CUUGUCCCUACUCUUGAACACUGGUUGCUGAUCUAACUAUGGAGGCAGCUGCAGAUCUUCAGGACACAGCCUCCUUAACUCUAAAGUUCAAAUUUAACCCGAAGCUGGGCAUUGACAAUCCUGUUCUCUCCCUGGCCGAAGACCAUGACUGCUCUGAUCCAUGGAACCUGAAGAGGCCUCGCUUCUGUUUGCUGAGCAAAGAGGAGGGCAGGAGUUUUGGUUUCCACCUGCAGCCCCAGUUGGGCAGGCCUGGGCAUGUGGUGUGCAGGGUGGAGCCUGGCUCCUCUGCCCAGCGCCAGGGUCUCCRGGAAGGAGACCUGAUCUUGGCGGUGAACAGUGAUGUCGUGGAACAUGAGGACUAUGUGGUGGUGGUGCGCCACAUCCGGGCCAGUGGUCCCCGGGUUCUGCUGACAGUCUUGGCAAGGCAUGUUUAUGAAGUGGCCCGAGUUCAGCAAGGGAACAGUGGCCACCUCUGUCCUGUUCUAGACUCAGGGGUCCGGCCUCGGCUGUGCCACAUAGUAAAAGAUGAAGGUGGCUUUGGCUUCAGUGUCACCCAUGGAGCUCAGGGUCCUUUCUGGUUGAUGCUAAGUGCGGGAGGAGCGGCGGAGCGGGCAGGGGUGCCCCAAGGGGCUCGGCUGCUUGAGGUGAAUGGGCUCAGUGUGGAGAAGUUUACUCACAACCAACUCAAUAGGAAGCUUUUGCAGAGUGGAGAGCAGGUGACCCUGCUGGUGGCAGGGCCAGAAGUGGAGGAACAGUGUCGCCAGCUAGGAAUGCCCCUAGCUGCACCCCUGGCAGAAGGCUGGGCACUGCCUGCCAAGCCUCGAUGUCUGCACCUAGAGAAAGGGCCCCAGGGCUUUGGGUUCCUUCUGCGGGAGGAGAAGGGCCUCAAUGGUCGCCUUGGACAGUUCCUGUGGGAGGUGGACCCAGGACUACCAGCUGAGAAGGCCGGGAUGCAGGCUGGGGACCGGUUGGUGGCUGUGGCUGGGGAGAGCGUGGAGGGGCUGGGCCAUGAGGAGACAGUGUCCAGGAUCCGGGCGCAGGGUUCUUGUGUUUCCCUCAUUGUCGUCGACCGUGAGGCUGACCGCUUCUUCAGCAUGGUUCGCCUAUCCCCACUCCUCUUCUUGAAGUGCACAGAAGCUGCUGCCUCCCCCCAAGACACUGGCUCAGCUUUUCUGGUUGAGACCGAGGACCUACCAGAUGAAAACACAACCAUACCUCCUGGUCCUCUCGGCUCCUGCAAGCGCUUCCUGUACCCUGGGCCUGGUGGCGGCUAUGGUUUCCGACUCAGCUUUGUGGCCAGUCGGCCUUGUCUUUUUGUCUCCCAGGUGACCCCAGGAGGUUCAGCUGCCCGGGCAGGGCUGCAAAUGGGAGAUAUGGUUCUGGAGGUGAACGGGUAUCCUGUGGAUGGAAAUGAUGGCUUGCAAAAGCUUCAGCAGCUGGCCGAGGCCAAGCCACCCCUCUGCCUAAAGCUGGCAGCCAGGUCUCAACAGAGCUUGGAAGCCUGGAUUCCCCCAGGGAUUAGAAAGGACUGGACUCUGAACUCAGAUCUGCUAUAG